AUGAGUGACACCGGCAGUGAAACAGAGGAGGCGACAGAGCACACGGCACUCAUGGACGGCCACAUCGCAGAAGCUCGUCCCGAUCGGGUGAUCGCUGAAAGAAUAGCGAAGAAACGAAAGACUAAACCAGAUAAUCAGCGAUCAUACGGUAGUGUGGAUGGAGUUUCUGGUGCUGCCUCAGGGUCAGGCGGCAGUACAGCCCCCAAUGCUGCCCCGCCACCGCCCCCACCAGAGCCCCAACUUGAGGAGCUAGAACUGAAAUAUGGAGCCCGCCAUGUCAUCAAACUGUUUGUGCCUGUCACUCUCUGUAUGCUUGUUGUGGUCGCAACAAUAUCAUCAAUCAAUUUUUAUUCAGUUAAAGAUGUAUAUUUAGCCUACACACCUUUUCAUGAGGAAAGUCCAUAUGCAGUGACAAAAGUAUGGAAUGCUCUUGCCAACUCUCUGAUCCUGCUCAGUGUGAUUGCCUUAAUGACUGUGUUACUCAUAGUACUAUACAAGAAGAGAUGCUACAAGAUCAUUCACGGGUGGCUCAUACUAUCCUCACUCAUGUUGCUGUUCUUGUUCUCAUAUUUAUAUAUUGAGGAAGCCUUAAGAGCCUACAACAUUCCAAUGGACUACAUAACAUUAUUAUUUGGCAUGUGGAACUUUGGUGUAGUGGGUAUGAUUGUGAUCCACUGGAAGGGGCCAUUGAGGCUGCAGCAGGCCUAUCUUAUAUUCAUUGCGGCACUAAUGGCACUUGUCUUUAUCAAGUACCUGCCUGAGUGGACCACUUGGGCUGUUCUAGCUGUCAUAUCUAUUUGGGAUUUAAUAGCAGUGUUAACCCCAAAAGGGCCUUUAAGAAUACUAGUAGAAACAGCACAAGAACGAAACGAACCAAUAUUCCCUGCCUUAAUUUAUUCAUCGACCGUGAUGUACUGCCUGGCGGCGACGACGACGGGCGGCACUGAGGGCGGCGCGGAGACGCGGCCGAGCUCGACGGGCGCAGCCGGGCGGGCGGGCGCGGCCGGCGCGGCAGGUGAGCCGCGCGCUCGUGAGCUGCGUCCUCUCAACCCGCACGGUUCCCGGGAAAACGAGACGAACGAGGCGGCGGGGGCGGGUGGCGACGCGGCCGGGUUCGACUCUGCGUGGCGAGCGCGCGCGCAGCAACAGCGGCGCCUGCGCGUGGACACGGUGGAGCGCGCCGAGCCGCCGCGGUACACCACGCGCAUCGACCGCCCCAACACCGCGCACGCCGCGCCACAACCUGGCGCUGACGACGAAGAAAAGGGUGUGAAGCUCGGGCUGGGUGACUUCAUAUUCUACAGCGUGUUGGUCGGAAAGGCCAGCUCUUACGGAGACUGGAACACAACGCUCGCCUGUUUUGUAGCUAUAUUAAUUGGUUUGUGUCUAACACUACUUCUGCUAGCAAUACUCAAGAAAGCGUUGCCGGCGCUUCCAAUUUCAAUAACGUUCGGUUUAAUAUUCUACUUCGCUACGCGAUGCGUCGUCAAGCCGUUUGCGGAUGCGCUAGCAGCAGAACAAGUGUUUAUUUAG